CUUCGGGGAAAAACGCGAAAAAGAAGCAAAAACUGUCAGAGGCCUUAGGAAGGUAGCUAGGUAGCCAACAAACUAGCACGAAACCAAACGAAGCGCCGCGCGCAUAUAUAGGCGGCCGGCGCAACCCCCAAUGGGAUUGGCCCGGGGGGGGCGCCGGUUUUUCAAGAAGCCCGCAGCACAGCUUGGCUCUGUUUGGAAGAAGCGCAAGCGAUGGCCCGGCUGCCCCGCCGCCUAUUUGCCGGGGGCUCGAUGGCCCGGCCGCCCCGGGGGUUGGAGGCGGGGGCCGUGUGUUUCGCGGCCGUGCUUGUGGUCCCAGCGAGCCCCGCCUUCCGUUUGGUAUAUAACUAAAGGGCGCAUGCCUGUGGCCCCAGCUGCCUGCACAGCCGCCCCGGGCCGUGGGCUGUCAUUCAGUAGGGGGUGCGCCUAGAGGCCUCUUGCCUGGCAGGCUGGCUCGCUUCGCUUGGUGUCCUGCCGAUGGCUUCUGCGGCGGGCAUCGAUCACUAUUGAACGGCCCCGGCGGUGGCCCUGUGCCAUUGUUGCCGCGCGGGCGGGCCAGGCAGUCAAUGAAAGCCUUUGCGCCUAGUCUGUGUUUGUGUUGAUGGCACGCGCGCCAAAGGCUGAAGGGCGCGGGCGCGCCCGCGCAGUCUUCCCGAAGGCGAUGGCUUUCUUAUUCUUUUUUUGAAAAUAAAGCGCAGGAGGC